AAUUCAAAACGCCGGGGCAAUGAAUUUUGAUGUUUUUGUUUCUUCCUUCUCAAUAAAACUUUGACAUGUUUCGUAAUCUUCUUCGUAGUGGUAACCGUUUAGCUGUUGCCAGACAACAACGCUUGUAUUCUACUGUGCCUCCUCCUAAGCAAUCCAGUGGACCUACUUUCCCUGCCAUGUUGGCUGUUGCCUCCAUGGGUUUCGCUGCAUAUUACACCAUUGUCAAAUCCAGAGAAGGAAACACCAUGCCUAGAAGAAAGGAAACAACCACUUAUGCCGAAGAAGAGGCCUUGAAGCAAAAGAGAAUUGCCGAAAGAAAAGCAAAGAAGGAGCAAGAAUUAAAGCCUAUUCCUGCCUUCUCACCCGAAGAAGUCACCGUUGUCUUUGUUUUGGGUGGUCCCGGUGCCGGUAAAGGUACUCAAUGUGAAAACUUGACUAAGGAUUAUGGAUUUGUUCACUUGUCAGCUGGCGAUUUGUUGCGUGCUGAACAAAAGCGCGAAGGAUCUAAAUACGGUGAGUUGAUCAACCAUUAUAUUCGUGAAGGUUUGAUUGUGCCUAUGGAAGUGACUAUUGCGCUUUUGGAACAAGCUAUGAAAGAGGCUAUGGCCGAAGGUAAAGCCAAAAGAUUUUUGAUUGACGGUUUCCCACGUAAGAUGGAUCAAGCUGUCAAAUUUGAAGAGGUUGUUGUGCCCUCCAAAUUGGUCCUCUUCUUUGAAUGUCCCGAGGAAGUCAUGUUGAAGAGAUUGUUAAAGAGAGGUGAGAGCUCCGGACGUGUGGAUGAUAACAUUGAGUCUAUCAGAAAGCGUUUCAACGUCUUUACCGAAACUAGUAUGCCCGUCAUUGAUGCUUUCGAGAAGCAAAACAAGGUCAAGAAGAUUUCAUGUGAUCAACCUAUUGAGGAGGUGUAUCAAAGUGUCAAGACCAUCUUCGAUGACAUGUUUGCUGAAAAACAAUAAAUUUAAACAAAAUUACCAUAUCAUUAAACUUUUAUUAAACAUGCAUUAUAACAUACACUACAUUCGUAUUGCUAUUUACCAA